CGGCGGCGCGGCCAAUGCGCGGCGGCCACGGCGGGCGCGUGGCGCGGGAGGGGCGGGGCGCGCAGGCCGUGGCGGCGGCGGCGGCCGAGGAGCGGGGCAGCCAUGGGGGUGCGCGGCGCGGGCCGGCUGUGGUGGGGCACAGUGAGCUGCACCUUGUUCCUGGCAGUUAAUGGUUUAUAUUCAGCCAGUGAUGAUGUGAUAGAGCUCACACCAACUAACUUCAACAAGGAGGUCAUUCAGAGCGAGAGCCUGUGGCUCGUGGAGUUCUAUGCCCCAUGGUGUGGUCAUUGUCAAAGACUAACUCCUGAGUGGAAGAAAGCAGCAACAGCUUUAAAAGGUGUAGUGAAAGUGGGUGCAGUAGAUGCAGAUAAACAUCAGUCCUUGGGUGGACAGUAUGGAGUCAGAGGAUUUCCAACUAUCAAGAUAUUUGGAGCCAACAAAAACAAAGCAGAGGAUUAUCAGGGUGGCAGGACAAGUGAAGCUAUUGUCGAUGCUGCUCUAAGUGCUCUUCGGUCCCUGGUGAAAGAACGUCUUAGUGGCAGAAGCGGAGGAUACAGUUCUGGAAAACAGAGCCGGGAGAGCGGAGGUGGAGCUAAGAAGGAUGUGAUUGAGCUGACUGAUGACAGCUUUGAUAAGAAUGUCAUAAACAGUGACGAUGUGUGGAUGGUGGAGUUCUAUGCCCCAUGGUGUGGGCACUGCAAAAACCUGGAGCCAGAAUGGGCAGCUGCUGCCACUGAGGUGAAGGAACAAACAAAAGGAAAAGUAAAGCUGGCUGCAGUAGAUGCAACAGUCAAUCAGAUGCUGGCAGGUCGAUAUGGGAUUCGUGGAUUUCCCACCAUUAAAAUCUUCCAGAAAGGAGAAGACCCUGUUGAUUAUGAUGGUGGGAGAACUAGAUCUGAUAUCAUUGCUCGUGCUCUGGAUCUGUUUUCUGAUAAUGCACCACCACCUGAGCUCCUGGAGAUAAUUAGUGAGGAUGUUCUGAAGAGUACCUGUGAUGCUCAUCAGCUCUGCAUCAUUUCUGUCCUGCCUCAUAUUCUUGACACAGGAGCUUCAGGGAGAAAUUCUUACUUGGAUGUCAUGUUAAAAAUGGCUGAAAAAUACAAAAAGAAAAUGUGGGGGUGGCUGUGGACAGAAGCAGGUGCUCAGUCAGAUCUUGAGAGCUCUCUGGGGAUUGGAGGCUUUGGGUAUCCAGCAAUGGCAGCUGUCAAUGCUCGGAAGAUGAAAUUUGCCCUUCUGAAAGGAUCAUUCAGUGAGCAAGGGAUUAAUGAGUUUCUCAGGGAACUCUCUGUUGGCCGUGGUUCUACAGCACCAGUGGGUGGUGGAGCUUUCCCCAAAAUUCACUCAGUUGAACCCUGGGAUGGCAAAGAUGGUGAGCUUCCCGUUGAAGAUGACAUUGAUCUCAGUGAUGUGGAUCUGGAUGACUUGGGUAAAGAUGAGCUGUGAGAUCUUCAGGAAACUUCUUUUCUUGGGAGAGCCUGUGCAGCAGUUUGCAGCCUGGAUCACAAUCAGACAGAUAUUUCAGUGGCCUUUUUAUGGAGAAGUAGCACAUGACACACUGUGCUGUUGGAUGCACUGCAGCAGUGGACUGUACGCAUCUCAAGAAAACAUUGCAGAAAUUCUAUGAAUUGUCAUAACCAGUAAACUUGAUUGUAUUCUGUGUAACAAAUAUUUUGAGGACAACAUGGAUAUUUCUUUGGAACAUCUUGGGUUUUAUUUUGUUGAUAAUGUGCUGUUUGAGUGUUACUGGAGGCUGUUAGUGUAACCAAUUUUAACUGUAAUUUUUUUCAUGGAGGUGGAACCUGCUCGGCUUCUGUUUCAAUUAAAGAAUAAAAUAUUUUUUGACACACA